GGCCGUGCAGGGCCCGGUUCCGGUCGCGGUUCCGGUUCCGGUCCCGGCUCGGUGGCGGCGGCGCGCGCGGCGGUGUCCGCCCGCCAUGCGAUGUCCGCGCUCAACUGGAAACCCUUCGUGUAUGGCGGGCUCGCCUCCAUCGUGGCCGAGUUCGGCACUUUCCCCGUGGACCUCACCAAGACGCGGCUGCAGGUGCAGGGUCAGAGCACCGACGCGCGGUUCCGCGAGGUGCGGUACCGGGGCAUGUUCCACGCUCUCUUCCGCAUCUGCCGCGAGGAGGGCGGACGGGCCCUGUACUCGGGGAUCGCCCCGGCACUGCUGAGACAGGCGUCCUAUGGCACCAUCAAGAUCGGCAUCUACCAGAGCCUGAAGCGGCUCUUUGUGGAUCGCAUGGAAGAUGAAACGUUGCUCAUCAAUGUGAUCUGUGGGGUGGUCUCGGGGGUCAUCUCUUCUGCACUGGCCAAUCCCACAGAUGUGCUGAAGAUCCGAAUGCAGGCUCAGGGCAGCUUGUUCCAGGGCGGGAUGAUCGGCAGCUUCAUUGACAUCUACCAGCAGGAAGGCACCCGAGGCCUCUGGAGAGGUGUUGUCCCCACGGCCCAGCGAGCGGCCAUCGUGGUGGGGGUGGAGCUGCCAGUCUACGACAUCACCAAGAAGCACCUGAUCCUGUCAGGCCUCAUGGGGGACACCAUCUUUGCCCACUUUGUUUCCAGCUUCACGUGCGGGCUGGCGGGAGCCAUCGCCUCCAACCCCGUGGACGUGGUGCGGACGCGGAUGAUGAACCAGCGCGCCAUCGUGGGCAGCACCGAGCUCUACAAGGGCACCCUGGAUGGCCUUGUCAAGACAUGGAAGAGUGAGGGCUUCUUCGCACUCUACAAAGGCUUCUGGCCCAACUGGCUUCGUCUGGGUCCCUGGAACAUCAUUUUUUUUAUCACAUACGAGCAGUUGAAGCGCCUCCCCUUCUGAGAGCUGCCUUCAUCUCACCAGAGUCAUCCUCAGGGCUGGCAGCAGGGCUGUGCUGCCGCCUCCCUCUUCAUCCCACUGUCCCCAUGUCGUGGUGUUUGGUCCCUGUGGGCUGGGCUCUCCCCACAUGCAUGGUCCCUGGAGCACGAGCUGCCUGGCACAGGGGGCAGCCACGUGUUUCCCACCCGGAGGUGUCGUGUGCCUGGGCCUGCAGGAAUAUCUUCUGUGAAGAUCUGUGUGUUCCAGUGGCCUUUGGGGCACUGUGGCUCGUGGCUGGCAGGUGUGGGUCUCCUCCCGUGCCCGUGGGGUGGGGCCCGUGAAGGUGCCAUUGUCAUCAUGUUUCUUGCAGAACUUGUAACUUCAUUAAAUUAUUUAUUGACUGGA